UGAACGUAAACUCGUUUCAGACGACGAAUGAAAUUGACGGGUUAUGUUUGCAAAGUGUUCAGGGACCUAAUUUGUCAAACAGACAAUGAUCUCAAAUAGUUAGAAUUUAUACAGUUAGAGCUUUAAAAAAGGCAUGACAUAGCAUAGAAAACAUCACACCGAUUUCAAGCGGGUGUCUGGGAAGAACAAAGGAAGAAUGUCUCAUCGAAAAGGGUCGAAGCCGAUGCUUGGAGAUGUGAGCAUCUACAACUACGCGGACGCGCAGGUGGCGUCGAGGAGAGGCCGGCUGUCCAAGGCCGUGACGACGCCCAUCGCGGAAGUGGAGCGGCUGAAUAGGAGGGGAGAUGGUUUACGAUGGGAGCAGCGGCAGCAACGUUUGGACGACACAGACGCGGACGAGGAUUUUGAAGCCAGAGUUACAUCUAGAUCCAGGACUCUCCAGAAUGAUGACGCUCCGAAACCGUUUCUUGUUCUUCCCAUGGACAUUUGGUUUGCCAUUGGCGAUCACAUUCCUCCUGAAAGUGUGAAGGCCUUUGCAUGCAUUUGCAAGGACACACAAAAAGUUACAAACAGUGCUCGGUUUUGGUUUGGAUUGUACAGAAGGUUCUAUGACCCAGCUCACCUACAAACUUUACCAAGUAGGUUACAACCAGAAAAAAUGAAGGCUGUUCAAGGACUGAAGGCCUCUGUUAUUCAAUCUCUAUUUAUUAUGUAUCCUCCAUUCAUUGAAAGACUGAAACCAAGGCCUGGUAAAAUUUAUGACUUACAACCCAUUCUAAGACGGAAAUGUAUCAGUACAUGGUAUACACAGAAAGGAAAAAUAUGGACCUAUUGGUUCAAACUGAAACAAAUAAAUGUACGUGUGGGAAGAGGAUUGUCUUUACUGAGUCAUGGUAACAAGAAGUUGCUUCAGAUGGAGCAAGAUUUGGCAACUAAUGAAGAAAAGGACAGCAAAGUUCUUCAAGUCUCAUGCUCUCAGUACCUACCACUGCCUGCUGUACAUGGUCUCCUCCUGAAGAAAGCUCUCAUCACGGUCUCUCAAGACAUGAUGGCUCAUAAACUUACCCUCACCUUUGACUCUACAGACAUUGUUAUCGACCCUGCCUCUAAUAUUCAAAUUUUAGAUUGGUGGCAUCCUCAGUACCCCCACACUGUGUAUCAGCUUGUGAAGAAGAAUAUCACACUCUCUCUUCAGGAUAAAGACAACAAUAAUGUAGAGGCUGGGCUGCUAAUUGAUCACUGGUACAACGUUUAGGAGUAGAAGGAGUGGUAUGCAGUGGUAUGUACCUUAAUAACUGCCUUAAAUGUCAAGUAAUUUGAAAAAAAAAUGUGAUUGUGUUUUAGAUGUAUGAGACUUGUGGGCAAGUACUCAUGAGUUUUAGUUUAAGAAAUUCCCUUACAUUGGGGUAUCUAGUUCAGAAAAUUGUGAUAAACAUACAAUUGUAAGCUGAUUUGUCGAAGAGUUGCUAAUUUGCAUACAUGCGUUAGAAUUUCUUGAGUAAAGAAUUCCUGAUUGUGUUUUUUUUUUCUCACUGAAGAAGAUUAAUGUUACUGGUUACCUUAAGUUGAAUGAUGCAUCAAUUUUUAAUUGUAGUCGUGGCUAAUCCCUUAUACUGUAAUUAAUUAUGAAUAGCCUAUUUGAGGAUCUAAAACAACUUGGUUACAAAACUUUGCCUGGGAUGCAAAUCAUAGCUUGUAGUGUUUUUAUUCCUUUUCUGUUUGCCAUAAUACAAAUACUCUGUAUCUGAGCCAUAUACUAGGAACCUUGCUGUGGCCACAUUUUUUGUCUCUCCUUCCUUUUUUACAGGGUUUGAUUCUCCUCGGAAAUGUUCUGUUUGCAAAGGACCAUUGUUAAUCAGACAUAUUGUAUUCUAUAAAUACUGCCAAUUCAAUAUCAAGAGUAUGUAUGCUCAUGUAAUUACUAAAACAUACAUUUAAACAUUUUUGUAUAUAUACUGUGUGUCCUAGGGCCUACCCUCAUUCCAACAAUUUAGUUUACCAGCUGUUAUUGUCUAGUUCAUAAUUCCAAUUUUACUACGCAUUGUUUCAAUUUGUGUGCAGCUGUUACAAUGGGAAAGCCCUUUGGAAAACAAUCUCUUUGCCAUGUAUGUAUCAUUCUGUGUUUGACUUUCUAUGAAGCUGGACCUUCAUAAAGAUUGGAUAAUGUGUGUACUGUGUGAUCCAAUAGUUCUCUAAAUAUUCAAUACACCUUUUUGGCAACAACUUUGAAUCAUGAAAUUUUUUAAUUUCCCAUGAUUCAAAGUGAAAAUCUCAAUGGUAAAUCAUACUUACCUGUGAUCUUAGUCUACUUUUUCUUGUUAAAGGUGUUUCUUUCUGAAAACCCACUUUCCAUUGUACUUAUUGUAGUGAAUUUCUAGGGUUGCUUUUGUGAAAAAGUGGGUUUAGAAAGUCACACAUUUUAUGAUGGCCUGUUAUUGUGAUGCUUGUGACAGUUUGUUUUUGUACUUAAAGUGUAUAAAUCGAGGCAUAUCUACCCUCGCAAUUAAAAAAGAUAUACUACCAAUUAAA